CCUACUCGAGGGCAUGCUCGAGAGGGGUGGAACGCAUGGACAUCGUUGGUUGAAACUCAAAAUGGCGUCUGUUGUUUUGAUGGUUAUGUGUCGACGCAUGUGAUAGAACCUCAGAACCAAUCGAAAAAUGAGUGGUGAGGCACCUAAGCCAACUGCUCUCGCUUCCUUGACUGAGACCUACACAGACUCUGAAGGCGAAGCGGACUCCGACUCCGACACCGUCCCUUUCGCAAUACAACGGGCUCCGGAGCGGAGGCUGCCUGUGACCGUUGAGGGUACUCCAAAUUCGCAAAAUGGUGUUCCACUAGUGUGUUAUCGAGCAGAAGACGAGGAAGAAUUUGAGGACGACGUUAUUGUCGCCGAUGACGAAUCACUGAGCGACCUUUUACCUGAAGAAAGUCGCUCAACAGAAGAGGUGCGAUUCAGGCCAGAAUCUCCCUUGUCUUAUCAUCGCUGUCUUUUAGAACGUGGCGUAGGCGGCGUGUUUCUACCGCAAGAUCCGCCAACGAAGUGUUCGCAAACGCUGCAAGAUAAGAUAGCUCGAUUGUACGAACGCAAGUUAAGGGACGGUAAGGACAUGAACGCAUCCAUUCAAAUGAGAAAAGACUUUCGUAACCCCAGCAUCUAUGAGAAGCUCAUUUCCUAUUGCAGCAUCGAUGAAAUGGGAACAAACUACCCACCAGAAAUCUACGAUCCUCAUAGCUGGAACGCAGAGUCUUAUUACGAGGAGUUGUCGAAGAGGCAGAAAGAAGAGAUGGAUAAAAGAGAGAAAGAGAAGAAGACAAAAGUGGAAUUCAUGUCUGGAACGGCGAAAAAAACAGAUCAACCCAAUGUUGAAGUCGUGGUCGGCAUGAAGCGCAAGAGCAAGUGGGACGUCGGAAUCAGCCAAUCGGCUGCGCUGCCUGCAGCUUUGAAACCAGCAACUCUGGUGACACCUGCAGCCGUAGUUCCAGUGCCAUUGCCAACUGGAACAAAGCCCACUGUCAUUUCGGCAUUUGGGACUCUGCCAAAAAAAUCAAAGCAGUGACUGGUGUACAAAAACAUAUCAUUAGCAGUUCAGGAAACACUCACGAAACUAGCGUAUAGUGUUUUUUUGCAGCACAUAUGCAUGGUUAUAAAGUCAGGGGGGGACAUUUCUUUCUCUGGGUCGGUUGCGUACUGCCCGCACUUGUGACAAGAUACUUGCGCGAGGUCGCAGCUCAACAACCACAUUUGUUAGGCCAGAGCAUCAUUUUUGGUGCCGUAGAUGUACCAGUAUCAGCACUUGUGUUUGCAAAUGCUAGUAUUUUGAGUGGUGUGGGUCAACUGGGUAGCAUGUGUCCACAUGUCAUGUACUGAAGACGCAAUCAGUUGAAUUUGUACAUAAUGCCAGCGACAGUUAUGCAGAUAAUCAGUUCAUCAACAAGAAAUACCCACUUUGAAACAUAUGUCUUUGCCAAGUGAGUUAUGCAACAGAGUCGAAGUUGUGCCACCAGCGGGAAAACUGUAGUUGUAGCAAGGCGCAUGCAUGAUUUACGUCGCGGUUCACUCUCGUGGUGCCGGAAGGAAAAGUUCGUGCCUCAUCUGUGAAUAUCACACAAAUGGUAAAUAUGACUACUGGACAUAAGUACAAUAAAAGCUGUAGUGAUAGAA